UGUGCUCGUUACAUUGUAGAGUGCGAGAGAGGAAAAGGAGCAAAUGUGCGCGGCGGCGGCGGCAGCGAGGGAGCAAGGACAGAGAGUGCGCAAAUAGACAUCCAGGCACAUCAUCAUCAUCAUCCUCAGCAGCAGCAGCGGCAGCAGCAGCGGCAGCAGCAGCAGCAGCUCCUUUCUGAUCCUGAUCUCCAGUGUCUUCUGACAAACCUCUCUCUCUCUCUCUCCCUCUCUCCCUCUCUGUGUGUCUGGGUCUCUCUCCCCCUCUCUCUCUCUCUGAUUGAGAUUUCAUUGCCCGGCUGAAGUGCCAACCAUCACCUCCCACCACACACUUUCUCUGGACCUCGGUUAUUCUUAGCUCAGCUGCGAGAGAGAGUGACUCUCCUUCCGGUCCUUCUCUUAUUUAUCCCAGUUUCUUGAAUAUUUAAUGGAAAAUGGCGAUCUGCGCGCAGUCGUACGGCUUUUUCUGCCUCCUCGCAAUCCAAACUGUACUUAUCAUAUGCGUCUCCACGCCGACUGACGGGACCCACCUCUUCCCACAGCACUACACAAUGAUUCACUGGGCCGGACGCAUCGAGAAGGAGCUGGAAAAGGUUCUGCAACACGUCACUGGUACUCAGCAGAUGAAAUCGAUCUACAGUGAGAAGAAGAGCCAGUUUGAAAUCAAGAGAAAUAAUCCCAAGGACUUGGUGGAGAGGGUGGCAAGGGACAUCUCCAAACUGCUCAACAGUAAGAGGAAGGCUCUGGAGAAACUGGCCAGGGAGGCGGAGUUGCUUCAGAGGGAGCACGUAUGGCAAGACGGUGUAACGGAGAAUGCCAUUUCAUACUACGAUUCCAAAGCGGAUUCUGACUAUACAGAGGAUGGAGAAGAGGAGAGCGUGCUGGAGAGCUCGUCAUCUUUGGCGCUGGAGUUUGUGGAUGAUCCCAAUUUCAAAAACAAGGUCAACUACUCUUCCAGUGCGGUCCAGAUUCCCACAGACAUAUACAAAGGCUCUCCAGUCAUCUUAAACGAGUUAAACUGGACCCAGGCGCUGGAGAGAGUCUUCAUUGAAAAUCGUCGGGAGGACAGCUCUCUGCGUUGGCAGGUGUUUGGCAGUGCCACUGGAGUGACACGAUAUUAUCCAGCCACUCCAUGGAGGGCGCCCAACAAGAUCGACCUGUACGAUGUCCGCAGGAGACCGUGGUAUAUCCAAGGUGCAUCGUCUCCAAAGGACAUGGUGAUCAUUGUGGAUGUGAGCGGAAGCGUCAGUGGACUCACUCUGAAGCUCAUGAAAACCUCUGUUGUGAAGAUGCUGGACACUCUGUCAGAUGACGACUAUGUGAAUGUGGCCAGGUUCAACGAGAAGGCAGACGCGGUUGUUCCUUGCUUCAGGACCUUGGUCCAAGCCAACGUCCGUAACAAGAAGAUCUUCAAGGAGGCUGUCAUGCACAUGCAAGCCAAAGGAACCACGGAUUACAAGUCUGGCUUCACAUUCGCCUUUGAACAGCUUCUCAAUGAGAGUAGCGCCCCGAGGGCCAACUGCAAUAAGAUGAUAAUGAUGUUUACAGAUGGCGGGGAGGAUCGUGCGCAGGAAAUCUUUGAGAAGUACAACUGGCCCAACAAAACAGUCCGUGUGUUCACCUUCUCUGUUGGGCAACAUAAUUAUGAUGUCACCCCUUUGCAGUGGAUAGCUUGUGCCAAUAAAGGUUACUACUUUGAAAUUCCAUCGAUUGGAGCCAUCCGAAUCAACACCCAGGAGUACCUGGAUGUCCUGGGCCGUCCCAUGGUGCUGGCUGGGCCUAAAGCCAAACAGGUGCUGUGGACAAACGUCUACCAAGAUGCACUGGGUUUGGGCCUCGUCAUCACCGGAACAAUGCCAGUAUUCAACCUCACUGCUGACAGUUUCAGCGCUCAGAACCAGCUCAUUCUGGGAGUUAUGGGCGUAGAUGUCGCAAUCAACGAAAUCAAAAGGAAGACUCCGACUUACAGACUCGGAGCAAACGGCUACACCUUUGCCAUCGACCCAAAUGGUUAUGUGCUGCUGCAUCCCAACCUGCGACCCAAGAUCAUUAACUUCAGAGAGCCCGUCACUCUGGACUUUCUGGACGCAGAGCUGGAAGACAGCAACAAGGAGGAGAUCCGUCGACAGAUGAUUGAUGGCAAAUCAGGACAAAGGAAAAUCAAGACGCUCAUUAAGUCAGUUGAUGAGAGGUACAUCGAUGAGGCCUUGAGGACGUACACGUGGACGCCUGUGGAGGGCACAGAUUACAGUCUAGGUUUGGUACUGCCCACAUACAGUGAGAACCACAUCAAGGCUAAUCUGAGUGACCAGAUCCUCCAGGUGCAGUUGCAAUACAUCGCGGAUUUUGAAUCACUGCUGCCAAACAGUUUUGAGUCUGAAGGACAUGUAUUCAUUGCUCCCAGGGAGUACUGCAAUGAACUGGAACUGUCCAACAACAACACCGAGUUCCUGCUCAACUUCAUUGCUCUCAUGGAGAAGGUGACACCGGACUCCAAACAAUGUGACAAUUUGCUCCUUCAUAACCUGAUUCUGGACACUGGCAUCAUCAGGCAGCUGGUGGAUAAAGUGUGGAAGAACAAAGACUUGAAUACAUAUGGCUUUUUAGCCGUGUUCGCUGCGACUGAUGGAGGUAUAACGAGAGUGUUUCCAAACAAGGCCGCAGAAACCUGGGAAGAAGACCCUGAGCCUUUUAACACCAGCUAUUACCGGCGUAGUCUUGACAAUAAGGGUUACAUCUUCAGAGCCCCUUAUCGAACAGCCAGGGAUGAGCUGCUGAACCCAGAAAAUGACACCAUUGGGAUCCUGGUCAGCACAGCUGUGGAGAUCGCAAUAGGAGGAAAAAACAUCAAACCUGCGGUGGUUGGAGUGAAACUAGACCUUGAAGCCUGGACGGAAAAGUUCAAGAUCCUCGCCAGUAACCAUACAGACAACCGUCAAGGCUCGAAUACGUGUGGACCAAACCGAGGCUGUGAAAUGGACUGUGAAGCCAACAGUGAUGAUCUCUUGUGUUACUUAAUCGACGACGGUGGAUUCCUGAUCAUGUCUAAUCAGAAGGAGGAAUGGAACAAGGUGGGAAUGUUCUUCAGCGAUGUUGACCGCUACUUGAUGUACGCCCUCUACAACAAUUCCUUCUACAAUCGCAAGCAGUCAUUUGACUACCAGUCUGUGUGUGAACGGAUGCCCAACAGUGAAGCCGGAGCGGCGCCCAGAGGAGUGUUUGUGCCUACAAUUGCAGAUUUUGUAAAUGUGGCUUGGUGGACAUCAGCAGCUGCUUGGUCCCUGUUUCAACAGUUUAUAUAUGGGCUGGCUUAUCACAGCUGGUUCGUCAGAGAUGAGGUUGACGCAGAGGGAAUCGAUACCAAAGAGCGGAGUUGCGUAAUGAUCCAGACCCAGUACUACUUAAGUAAUCUCAGCAGCUCCUAUAACAUCCUGCAAGACUGUGGCAACUGCUCUAGGCUGAUUCACGCAAAGAGGAUAAACAACACCAACUUACUAUUUGUGGUGGCAGAGAAGAUUUCAUGCACCUGUGAGAUAGAGAAGCUGUCCCAGGAGGAGGAGGAGUAUAAGGAGGAAAAUCCAUGUGAAGAAAUGGCUGUGGCACGUUAUCGAAAAGGACCCUCCACCUGCUUUGACAACAACAUCACUGAAAACACAUCGGACUGUGGGCGAGGUCACGCUUUCCGUCCGUCCCACUACACUUUACUGCUUAUUCAGCUGCUUCUGCUUUAUCCGGCUGUCAGCCCCCACAUUCACUCUCUACUACAUUAAUUUCAUUUACCUCCAUGUGUCCUCUCCCUUUAGCCUUCCUGAGCUCCUUUCCCCCCAGUCCUGAAACCAUCUGCCCCCCCUUCCUCCGUGCUCUUACGUCCUCCUCCCCCUUGAUGUAGUCAUAGGUGGUAAUGGGACUUCCCCUCACAGCAAGUCGGAAGCCCUGAGCGCCACGCUACCCAGCUUGCUUCCAGUUGUGCCGCUUAGUGACAACUGCCGGACCUCUGUGUCCUCAGCCAGUUAACCUUCAUUUGCAGGAAGACCGGUGGGUAUCGUAACCACCUGGAUCAUCAGAGAUAAAUUACGAAAAGAAAACAAGCCCCCCCCACCACCACCACCACCACAUUCCUACCAUCCAGAGAAGAGGAAACGGGAUGUGUCAGAUGUCAUCGUCACAGAUGCCUGCCUCACACAAACUGGAGCGUUGAGGUUUUGUCUGUCCGUCUUUGCCUCUGUUGGUCAGACAGACGGUGGGACAUCCUCUCCUCCAUCCCAGAGUCUCACCCCUCUGCCACUCACCUCUCUGAAAGGGGCUGAAGAGCGUUUGACCACCGGCAGCCACUAUAAAAGAAAACUUAACAGAAAAAAAAGUAUACAAAAUGUCAAGUAUUAACUGCUGAAGUGAUAUAAGUAUUCCAAACACACAGUAUAUUAAGGUUUUCAUUUGAAUGGGAAGUUGUUAGGUGUUAACUUAAAAAAAACAAAAAAAAAACAAAUAUCUGAAUUAAUUUAUGCACUAUAUCUACUUGCCAAAAUGAGAUAGACUUUCAUGUGGAGUUAUUUUUUAUUGCCAAAACCUUUGAUUUUUAAGAUAAACCACGAGACGAGGAGAGAAAAUGGCCAGAAACUGAAUGUUGGUUCCGUUUUCUGCAGCUCUAAAUUACAUUUUAUAAUUAUUAGAACAAUGAAAUGAUGCUCGUUGCAUUGACUUAAGUGUUUCUCCUAAUAUUUACUGUUUUAACUCUAUCUGGCUCACACACUCGUGACAGCUGUAAAAAAAUGUGAAUCAGCAUUUGGUUUGGAGUCCUGUUGAUUCCUCCUAUGAUCAAUCAACCACUCCGACCUCUGGUUUAGACUGAUGUUAUAAAAGAACCCCCCCGCCCCCCUCCUCCUGUGCUCUCUAACAUCAAAGCUCACCUCUGAAAAACCUCCCGAGGCUUCUCCACCAAACUAGCACUUAUCACAAUUUGUGCGCGCUCUCUCUGCGUCACAACAGAGAUCUUAUCCUCGCAACUCUCUCGUGAAAGUAGUUCCGUUAAAGUGUUUUUUUUUUUAUUACCUUUUGACUGACGCUGUUCGAACUUCAAAAUCAUUCGCUGCUGAGGGAUAGGGGCUUAGCAACAUAUUCCGACUACAAGUGCAGAAGAGGCCACUAAAUAUGGUGAUCACGUACAGUAGUGCUCUGGUCGUAAUCCAUCACUGUUUUAUCGUUUGGUCAUCGUGACGUGUGAAGUCAUUUUAGACUCCCAUGUUUAGGAGCCACUCUGUUUCAUAGUGCCUUGAUGCACUUUGUUUUGGAAUGCAUCAGCUGUGUCGUAGAGCUACUGUAUAGUACCUUUAUAAAGCAGACCUGUUGGUUGUAGACAUAGCUGAACACGGGGCCGUCACACUGACCGGCUCCGGCUUAAUGUACUUGCCCUCUUGGCUGUGGUAGCUUUUCACCGCUCAGAGCCACCCGACUGCCAUCAUAUGGAGUUACUAUACUGUUCCUCUACAGAGCCAUUCAUAGAGCAAUGAUACGCUAUCAGUAUACAGCGACUUAACUGGCCAUAGAGCGUUUUUAGGGCCAACUCGACUGCUAUAGUUCUGCCUGAAUCGUAUGUGUUAGUGUACGUGUGAGUGUAUGUGUGUGUGUGUGUGUUUGUGUUGAAACGCCCCUCCAGAGGGAAAGUCCUUCACAUACGGAGUGUAUGAGGGAUGACAGUUGUGAUAGCAUAGCUGGUUUUCCUGUUUCUAUAUUGCAAAAGACAAAAAUCUAAUUGUUGUUGGUGAAAAAAAAAAAAGAAAGAAAGAAAAAAAAAAAAAAGAAAAGUGAUUUUAACCGAAAAACAAAAAGAAACCGUCUUUAACCAUCAGUCUGCUUCAAUGUCCUGAACCGGAGACGGCAGAGGUGUCUGAAAGAAUGUGUCGUUCAUCAGUGUUUUAUGUUUCAGAUGCAACAUAGUUAACAAAAGCCUCUCUAAAUGCCUUAGUGUUACAAAGUAUGGAGCUCUGAUAUGUCCUCCCUCCCUCCCUCCCUCCCAUACACAGGUUUUCUCACACGCGUGCACACACACACAAAUAGAUCCUCCAAAACACUCCCUCCUCUGGGUUUUCUCUGUGUUCUGCAGUUAAGUAUAGUGAGCUCUAGUUUUGUAUUUUCACGUCUUGGAAUGAUUCGCUAUAUUGACUGAUGCUUGUUCGACGAUUAAACGCUUGAAAGCAGGUGGGAGUUUUUAAAAAGUACAAAAAAAAAACAAACAAAAAAAAAACAAAAUAAACCCACAUCCGACCUUCAAUGUGCACACCCACCCAAACCUCACUGUAUUACUCAGGUGGGAAGAUUCACACGAUGAUUUGAACUUUAACUUGCACACUCUGUACGGUUGUUGGUACUCUUUGAUGUGACAAAAAUGCUGGCACAGUUCACUGCGGCGCGGCUCUGAAUAAAUCAGACUUUAAUAAAAGAGGAAAAAAGAGAAAAAAGUAUGAAAAUGACUGUUAAAAAAAAAAUAUUUGAAAAUUAAACAUAUGUAUUUUCAAAUUCAAGUCACGUGACGCCCGAUGCAGUUCUACUUUUCUGGCAUCUGUUUGUCUCCGUUCCUGUGCCAUUAAUUCUGUCUGUAUUGCCCUAUUUCCACUAUCUGUAAAUUAACGCUACACGUGCCUGUGGAAAUGUACCCCCUGCAACUUACUCUCUCUCUUCUCCUGGCUCUGUACACAUACAGUCUCACACAUAGACAUGAAUACGUGGGCCUACAGUUUGUGCACAUGCACCGAGACAUUAUGCACACAUAUGUACAAGUAAACGCUUACCGACACUUAUUCAUUGCCCAUGCGGGAGAUGUCGAGCACCGGGGCGGAAGUAAAGCGAGGAUGUCACUUCCCUGGUGUGUGAUUCUUUUUGUUGCUUUGUUGUUUUUUUUUCUUGAGAGUGGGCAGGAUGUCGGAGGCAAGCUCAGGGAGUGGGUCUCCACAGAGCAGCAUGGGCCCGGAGGGCACGGAGGAAUCACGUAGUGACGUCUGUGUGUGUGUGUGUGUGUUUGCAUCCUGACGGAAGGGACAUGUAUGAUUUCUGUGGUUUGACAAAUUUACUUUUGCCACACAAAAAAAAAAAUAAAAACAGAAAAUUGGUCCAGCUUGGGGAUGAAAGGGAGAGACCACUUUAAACUCAGUCCCCCUCCUGACUCUCGCUGCAUCUGUGUCGGUGCAUCUCUGUGGGAAAGACACGUGUGUAUGUGAUUCUGUAGUCUGUAGUCUGGUGAUGUGACCAUGUUUGACAAGUGUGGGGACAAAAAAAUAACGUUUAGAGGAGGAAAAAAAGAGUGAAAUCAGUCCAAUAUUAAGUAUAAGUACAAAAAAAAACUGCGCUGUUGAUAAGUUUGAGAUCUGAAGUUGAAAUGUUUUUCAUUUAUUUUUUUUGGUUUGUUUUAUCGUGUAUGUAUGCGAGUGUGAAUGUCGUGUGUGUGUGUGUGUGUGUGGAAGAUUUCACUCCUUCUUUUCUGGGCACUGGUCCAUGUCGCUCCAUUCUUUUGUACAGAUGAAACUUCUAAAAAAAAAAGGAAGAAAAAAAGAAAGAAGAGGGCAAAAUUUGUAAAAUAUUGUGUCUGUGACUCCUUGUAAGAUAUUUUCAAAUUGUUUAUUACAGAGAAUCAGUUAUUAAAUAAUGUUCAUAUUUUUCACUUCA